AAAAUCGGUACCUGCUAGUACGUUGAACGACAUGAAGCGGAAGGUGGACGCUACAAGAGGCACGGAAGGGUCCUCAGCGCUUCUAGGCGGCGCGUACAGCGUCCACGGUCGAUGGAUCGGUCGCGGCUUGUAAGCCUUCGUGCGCUGUCUCUUAUCAUCGGUUUGCGAGCUGCUGCCAUCGUUGGUCGGGCGCCUCGAGCGCUGACGUUGACGGCGCUGAGCGUCGGGCAUUUCCCUUUUGUCCUCCAUCGAAAUGGCUUCAGACCUAGAAGGCGAAGUGUACCACAUAUUAUUCACUUUUCGGUAUACCACAUUUGCAUCUUACUUUUUUAGGGAACAAAUUCACGAUGAACGCACCAAACCGCAGCGACUCGUACCUGCUGCCCGAGGGUGCGCAGAAGGUGACGUACGAGAAGGACACCAAGAUCUCCAAUGCCGGGAAAUUCACCAUCCUCCGCGAGGACCACACCAUGGGCAACCUCAUCCGCAUGCAACUGUUGCGCGACCCAAAUGUGACUUUCAGCGGAUACCGCCACCCGCACCCGCUUAUCCACGACAUUACUGUGCGCGUGCAGACCAACGACGCGUCAUCACCUGUGGAGGCUUUGGCUAACUCCCUCGACGACCUCAGCACUGAGUUCGACGAAAUUGCGCAAAAGUUCCGCCGCCUUACCGGCAAUACUAAGGACCACAGCUCCUUCAGUUAG